UAUGAGAUCGGAGAACGGAUCAUCAGUUCGUAUCCAUUCCCGGAUGGCGGGGUGUUCGUGGAGGCGAAAAUCGUUGCGGAUGGUAGACGGUUUAACCUUCAAUUCUGACUGCAACCAUCACGCCAUGCAGCAAGCCUAUCGGGUGCGUCAUCUACUCUGUACGGGCCGCAAGCCAUAAACACCUGGCGUACGGGCGGCGUCCCUCCACAAGCCUUGCCUUUGGGAUGGUCAGAGCUCUCGGGCCCCAUGCAUCGAUCUCCCGAUGCACGUGCAACAAGUGGAUGCCGACUGUCCCGCACCCGCGUUGGCUGCGUUAUUGCAACUCCUUCUCCGCAGCCUCCAGCCAGCCACGUCUCCGGCGUGGCUGCAGCUCCAUCGGAAGUAAUUUACCGAACGCGAACGCGAAGUGCAAAUAUGCAAUUGUUCGAACUGACCUCGCCCAUCAAGCGCCGAAGGUGCCAGAUGCUCCGCGUUCAAAAUGUAAUGUUUGCUGCCGAUCAAUAACCGAUGCUACUGAUUUUUGCCCAAUGUGUUUACUGAUCAUAGCAUUGAUAGAUCUGUCACGAGGACCAUUCAUGCCUGCCGACGCCACAUCAGUGCAGGACCCUCCGUGGUCCAGGCCUCCCAAUGAAUCCAUACUUGCAGGUUUACAAUAUUUGCGCAGGACCUGCCAGCCCCGCAAACUCAAAUUUCCAAAGCCGAUAUCGAUGGCCCGAAAUAUGUCUUCUUGAAUAGUUGCCUUUCUGCAAAUACUGUUUCCACAUCAUAAGAUCACUACCAGUAAUCUUGUCUUCGCUUAAAGUCGACCUGCAAUCCC